UUUUGUACAUUUAUGUACCUACCAAUUUUUUGUCAUUGUGGUGAAAUUGUGAACUUACAAUAAUUGAAAAUAUUGCUUAGAUUAUCAAAAAUAUUUAUUUAAAAAUAUGGUCAGUUUGACAGUUGGAAAAUUUGUUCAAUAUUGCUCGUAAGAAGUUGUUUUAUACCAACAUGUGGGUUAAACCUCAAGAAGUUUUUCUGAAAACUGCAUUGUGGGACACUGAUGAAACAACGCUAUAUUUCGUACUACAAAGAAGAAAAGGUCAUGGAAAGUCUCGCGGACUCUCUUCUUUACUAGUGGGCACUUUAGACAGUGUUCGCGACACAAAACCAGCCCCAUACAGGAUUCUACAUCAGACACCUAAUUCUGAAAUAUAUUAUGUUAUAGCAACAGCACUAUCAGAACAAGAAAUACGUCAGGACUGGCAAUGGCUCGCUGACAAUGUGUCUGCAACAUUAUACUCAUUUGACAGAGAGGAGGAUAUUACAGAGUUUGUAUGUUGCAAAAUAAAUUCAAUCAUUGCAACAGAACAAGAAAAUUUUGUAGAAGAUGAAGACACACUUAUGUACAAAAAUGUUGACAAUGAAUUCCAUCAAAGAUUCGGCAUGCCUAGUGAUGAAAAACUAGUAUGUUAUUAUUCCUGCAGUUACUGGAAAGGAAAAAUGCCUCGACAAGGCUGGAUAUAUCUAUCAGUACAUUACAUGUGCUUCUAUUCAUACAUAUUUGGACGUAAGACAACCAUCAAGAUACGUUGGGCUGAUGUCACUGAACUAGUCAAAACUAACAGUUUACUAUUUCCUGACUCAAUAAAAGUGGUCACAAGGGAUGGAGAACAUUAUUUCACAUUAUUUUUGAGGAAGAAUGAAACAUUUGCUUUAAUGCAACAGUUGGCUAAUAUCGCUAUGAAACAGUUGAUUGAUGAUAAAACGGGAAGUUACAAUAUUGACAAAGAUCUACUGACAAAACUUAGCAAAAAUGUUCCGAAGAAACCAUCAUUCCUGAAAAGAGAUUUGGAUGCAAAGAAACAGUCUAAUUUAUACACGUUACGUUUUCGACUACCACAAACAGAAAAACUGGAUGGUACAGAAGUAUGUACCUUGUGGACUCCAUACAAUAAGAGGCAUAAUUGGGGCAGACUCUAUUUGUCCCAGAACUUUAUUUGUUUUGACAGCAGGAUAAGCAACCUGGUUCGUCUGACGAUACCUCUUCGUAAUGUUCAUCAAGUGGAGCGAGCGGAAUCAGGUGGCACGGGAAGCACUGGUGAUUCAGGCUGCAUUCUAAUAACUACUUCACACCAUACCAGCUUCCUCUUUGGCAAUAUAUCCGAUCGAGAGUUUCUGGUGAACAAAAUAUCCGAACUGCUAGCAAAGUUACCGAAUGAUAUGUACAGGGAGAAGCCGACUCGUGCGGUGGCGCGGUUGGAGGAGGGCCUCACGUGGACCCCGCAGCCACCCCUCAUGACGCUGUUCAAGACCAACCAAACCUCAUCCAUCAAACAGAUACAGCAGAAGAAAGAAAAAAAAUGGGAAGACCACAUGUCCGAAGUAGGCAGGGGAGUUAGCAUGUACCAGACGACGGAAGGCAGUGAAUUGGUAGUGAAAGGCAUACCGGAGUCCCUCCGCGGCGAGCUGUGGAGUGUGUUCUCCGGGUCUAUACUGCAGAGGGUCCAGAAUAAGGGGUUAUACGAGAAAUUAGUCAAUCAAGCUCUAGCAUCGAAGAGUUCUGUUAACGAUGAGAUAGAGAGGGACUUACAUAGGUCUCUACCGGAACAUCCUGCAUUCCAAAAUGAUGUUGGUAUAUCAGCUCUGCGUCGAGUAUUGUGCGCGUAUGCACUCAAAAACCCAACUAUUGGGUACUGUCAGGCUAUGAACAUAGUGGCCUCUGUGCUCCUUAUCUACUGCCCUGAAGAACAAGCAUUUUGGCUGUUGGCUACGAUAUGCGAAACAUUAUUACCUGACUAUUAUAACACGAGGGUUAUUGGUGCACUGGUUGAUCAAGGUGUUCUGGAAGAGCUCGCAAAGGCACAUCUGCCAGAACUUCAUGCUAAGUUGGACGAGCUUGGGGUGAUGAAGAUGAUAUCUCUGUCGUGGUUCCUCACAUUAUUCAUCAGUGUUAUGCCGUACGAAUGUGCUGUUAACGUCAUGGACUGCUUCUUUUAUGAUGGCGCUAAGGUCAUAUUCCAGGUAACUCUUACAAUCUUGGACAUAAACAGAGAUAAUCUACUUAAAUGUGUAGAAGACGGACAGGCGAUGCAGAUACUUAGUAAUUAUCUAGAAGGCAUAUACAAUGACGAAGCCAUGGCUUUGUCUACGGAACCGCGCACUGCCGAGAGGACUAUAAAAAUUCAAGAUCUCGUGUAUCAAUCAUACCGAACGUACGGGGGGAAGGUGACAAGUGAGUGCAUUGAGCAUUUGGGGCUGAAGCACAGACUGAGAGUGGUGAGACAGCUGGAGGACAGCCUCGAGAGGAACACGCUGCGAGCCCUCCAGCAGGACAAGUUGUUGGAACCUAAUGAGUUACAGGAAUUGCUAAGCGCGAUCCGGGAAGAACUACUGUGGGCUCAACGCGUGCCGUGUGAUCGAUUGGAAGCACCUUACGAAGCGUAUCGACUUGAUUACGCACAGUUCAAGACAUUGUUCAUGGCGCUUUCGCCUUGGGCCAAGGGGGACAUGGCGGAAGUCAUUACGGCUAGGAUGUUUAAGCUAAUGGACGGGGACGAGGACGGGCAGGUGAGCGCGCGCGGGCUGAGCGUGGCGGUGGGCGCGAGCGCGCGCGGCGAGGCGGCGCGGCGGCUGCGCGCGCUGUACUGCGCGCACGCGCCGCCGCUGCUCGCGCGCGCUGACCUGCCGCGCUACACGCACACCGGCGAGGAGCUCGCCGCCGACGCCAUCGCGUUCUUCGACAGUAUGGAGAAUUUAUCUCCUCCCGAUUCUAUUGCAUCACCAUCAUUGCAACGUUCUGUGAGCGAUGUUUGCGGUGAUGCUGAUAAUACGGAUAGAUCUGGUGAAAGUGCUUCGAGCCAGUCAGCCAGUUGCGUACAGGCGGCGGCGUCGGCAGUACGCGCAUGUGCCAUGUUGGGCCUGGGAAACUCACAGCCUUCGACGCCGGGCAGCACACCCCCCGCCGCCGCGCCGCCUCUCCCCCGCGACCACUUCCUGCAGCUGCUCGCCGUGCUGCACGACCUCACACAGCACGAUCUCAAGCUGUACGAAGCCGUCGUGCUCGCUGGUACCCUACUACUACAGUUAGGUGAUUUAAACUAUCGGCCUGAGUUGGACAGGGAGAUAUCUCAAGACAGCCUUUUCUUGGCCGCUGCAGAAAAACAACCUGAAGUUGAUCCUAACGGAAAUACGACCGACCUAGCACAAGAUACGUCACAAUCGUCUCCAUCAAAAGAAAAUGAACCCUCCACUGAUAGCGAAUGGUCCAUAACACUCGAGCAAUUCCUAGCCACCAUGCUCGCACAGGAACCGAUAGAAAAGUUCUUCAACGAGCAAGUACCAAUACUACCUCAGUUAGAAGCGUUAAGACAAAGGGACAGGCUGCAAUCUGUAUCAUAGUUAAUAGCGUUGGCUGGGUUGCUGUGAAUUUGAGUGUACCCUGCAUUUAUAAGGUAAGUUUUAGUGUGUACAGAAGAAGAGAAAAGAUGCUAAUCGUAAUAAGCAAAAGCAGGACAAAUAUAUUUAUUAAUUGUUAAUGAUGUUAACCAAAGGAGGCACUUUUAUGCUCACUUGAUAUAUUGUAUCAGAACUCGGAUAUUGCCAAAGUGUUCUGAAACACAGAAAUUGACCCCAAAAGAGACGUAGUUGCUUUUAUAACACAAGUUCUUAUAUAUUUGCAAUUUAUUUUAAUUAAAGCAGUAUUAUAUGACUUAUAUUUUGACAAAUCAGAAAUGCACUUCCUAAAAUGCUAUUUUCGAAUUGGUGUUUUUAUAGUAAAUUGUGUCUAUUUGUAUAUUCAUCGCUUAUUUUAUGAAAUUUUUCUAUUGUUAUUUAUUAAUAUUAUUUUAAUUAUUUCUUUUCCAUUUUACGAUUCUCAAUUGCUUUCAUAUAUAAAUUUAUCUCACCUGUUUAUAUAUUGAAUGUUUAUGCUUAAUUAAUGUACAAAAGUGCCUAAAAUAUUGAUGUAAUAAAAAAAUGCAUGGUGUCUUGCACAUUCGUUCGUUUUCACCUUGCAAAAUAUAGCAUGUGUGUCAAUUUAUAAAUAUAAUAUAUAUUUGAUUUAAUUAUGUACACACCCAAUGGAAUGAUGCCGAGAUGGAAAUAAAAUCCAUAUGUAUCCAUAUAUAAUAUUGUUUAUAUAAAAAUCAAUAAAGUAACCACAAAGAAUUAGUGUAAUCCAUUUAUUAGUUAUAAAAAUAUAUAAAUUAAUUCAAAUGAAUAUAUGUAAAGUUAUAAGGAUACUGUACAUAAUAUUGUACAUUAAAUACCUAUGUUUAUUUUAAUUUAAUAUGUAGUUUUAUUAUGUUUAGUUAAAUUAACCAAUAUCCGACUGCUUAAGUGAUGAUUAGCAUUUAAAAAUAUUUAUGUAAAUAUGUACUACCAAAAAAUGUAAGUGUGAUAUAUAUUGUUCGCUUGAUAUUUUUAUCAUGUUAUGAAUUUUAUUCGAAUCGGUGAAGUAGUUUAGCCUUGAUAAAAUAAUAACAAAAGAUACGGAUCUUUUUCAAUUAACAAUAAUAUUUUUUCUAAUCUUAACUUUUUAUUUUAGUGUAAUUUGGGAAAACAUGCUUUCUCUUUUCCAUCUUUACAUUUAAAUUUCUUCAUAAUCUUAUCAUAUUCUUCAUAAUCUUACCGUAUUCUUCAUAAUCUUGAGAAGCUAUCAGUUUCUUUUGUUACUUAUUUAUUGGUCUAAUAUUAAUAUCUAAUUUCCUUUUCAAAUCGCGUAUAUAGAUCACCUUGUCGGUUUACUUCUUUAUAGAUCUGAAUCUCUGAUAUAAUGAGUCUACUAUCAUUAAUUAUGUCGGUAAUAAAACAAUAUACAUUUUAAAUAAUGUGAAAUAAUUUUUAGUUUCUGUUACUUUGCGGUCCGGCCCUAUGAUGCGAAAUCAAUAGCUAAAACUCUCUAUUAUUUUCUCCUUCCAUUUCUUCAAUUUUAUCAGUUUCCUACUUGUAUUUAUUUGACUUUAAAACGUGUUAAAAAAAAAAAAAAGAUGUCCAGUUAUAUAUAAAUUAAAUAAGUGUUAAUUAUUUUUAACAAAGUUUUGUUUAUUUUCUUUUGUAUAAAAUUACUUUUGUUUAAAAUUUUCUCUCUUUUUUAACUACUCGCUGGUAUCAGAGGUUUACUUUGUAAUUGUGCGUAUUCUCAUUCCAUUAAAUGUAUACAUCAUUGGUUUGUCAUUGUAUUAAUACUAUUUGUAUGAAGCGGCAAAUAAUGUUGUACUUUCAAAGGUGUGAUUUAAACUUAUUGUAUUACUAUUUAUCUCGAUACUGAAUUUGUCAAGAAUGAUAGGUGACAUUCCAAAUUAUAUUUUUAUGGCCUAGUAUAAUAUGUUUGUUUUUAUUUUUAAUAUAAUCAAAGUAAUAUAUAACAUAAUAUUAAAUAAUAUUAAGUCAUUCAAAACCAGUAGCCAUAUUAGUUUGUUUAAGUAGAUAAUAGAAAAUUAUAUAAAAUUAUGAAAAUCCUAGAUAAUAAAGGCUGUAUUCAUUAGCAUAGUACAAAACAAAAAUUAUAAUUUGUAUAUGCGACUUGAGACUUUAUGAGUAUUUUGCCCAUUUUUUUAUGAUUGAAUCAAAAAUAGACUAGGUUUUUUAAAAGCCAAUUUUGAAAUAUAAAAAUAUGAAAUCAUCUCCUUACUUUCUACCGAAGUGGAAUAUUUUUAGUUUCUCAUGUAAGUACUUAUUACAUAUCUAUAGCUAUUUUGGUAAUGUUAUUAUUAAUUUUUUAAGUCUCUUAUUUUAUAAAAUUUAUUUGUCAUAACAUACAAUGUUUUUAUGAGAUAAUAAAAAUAUAGGUACAUAUUAUUAUGUCUAUUUUUUUUAUUAAUUUACUUUAUUGAAUUUCUUGAUUUUUUCAUGUUGUAUGUAUACAGUGUGUGUCCCAAGUGGAAUUAAAAAAAAAAACAAUUUAGUUUCUACAUUUCCUAAUCACUACUUUGAAAGAGGUUAUUUUAAUAUAACUGUUAUUUAAAAUUGAUAAAGCUUCCAUUAAAAAUUACAACCACAUAAUGUUGCGAAUUUUAUUUACCUGUAUAUCGGCGCACAUUAUUUAUGUUAAGUAUUAUAAUAUGAGAUAUUGUAUUUACUUUAUUUCAGUCCGCCUUUUUCCUUAUUGAAAAUGAGGGUUAUUAUUAUUCUAAGUUUAUAUUACAACAAAAUAGAUUAAAAUAAUUCAACUAUUGAAGUCCUAUAACAGUUUUAUGAGAAUGAAACUAAAAAUGUUAUUUACAGAGACGUAAGACUUUACAUCGUGCGUAGUUUUAGAUUAAAUUGGACUAACUUAACAUACGUGGAUGUGUGAAAGUAUUCAGUAACAUUCAUAACUGACAGAUUUAUUAAAUUUUUUACGGACUAAUUUUACUGGAAACUCCUCAUACAACAAUUUUAAUUAUUAUUGUAGGAAAACUUUUUUUCUUCAUAUAAUUUAUAUUAUGA